GGGACGGGCGGCCGUCGGGGCCCCGCCGCCCAAGGCUGACGACCCUCCUCUCUCCCCGGAUCCUCAGGGCCCGCGAUGGAGCCCGCAGCCCGGGGCCGCGCCCCGCCCUGAGCGCCCCGCAGACGGCCAUGCUGCCCCGAGGGCGCCCCCGGGCGCUGGGGGCCGCGGCGCUCCUGCUGCUGCUGCUGCUGCUCGGCUUCUUCCUGCUCGGCGGGCACCUGGCGUCCUUCCCCUGCGCGCUGCCGCCGCGCGUUCCCCCCGACGGGCGGCCGCGGGGCGCUGCUGCCUGCGACCCGCACCCGCAGGCGGACCUCGGGGGCCACAACCGCUCCGACUGCGUCCUGCCGCGGCCGCUGCCCCCCAAGUGCGAGCUCUUGCACGUGGCAAUCGUGUGUGCCGGGCACAAAACCAGCCGAGACGUCAUCACGCUGGUCAAGUCCUUGCUCUUCUACAGGAAAAACCCACUGCACCUCCACUUGGUGACCGAUGCCGUGGCCAGGAACAUUCUGGAGACGCUCUUUCACACAUGGAUGGUGCCCGCUGUCCGUGUCAGCUUCUAUGACGCAGAUGAGCUCAAGCCCCAGGUCUCCUGGAUCCCCAACAAGCACUACUCUGGCCUCUACGGGCUAAUGAAGCUGGUGCUGCCCGGUGCCCUGCCUCCUGACCUGGCCCGGGUUAUUGUCCUGGACACAGAUGUCACCUUCGCCGCCGACAUUGCAGAGCUCUGGGCACUCUUUGCUCACUUUUCUGCUCCCUCAUGCCCUCCCCUCCCAGACGAGCAGGUGAUCGGUCUCGUGGAGAAUCAGAGCGACUGGUACCUGGGCAACCUCUGGAGGAACCACAAGCCGUGGCCUGCCUUGGGCAGGGGAUUUAACACAGGUGUCAUUCUCCUGUGGCUGGACCGGCUUCGGCAGGCCGGCUGGAAGCAGAUGUGGAAGCUGACAGCCACCCAGGAGCUCCUCACCCUGCCCGCCACCUCGCUGGCUGACCAGGACAUCUUCAACGCUGUAAUCAAGGGGCACCCGGCGCUGGUGCGGCCCCUGCCCUGCGUCUGGAACGUGCAGCUGUCCGACCACACGCUGGCCGAACGCUGCUACCUGGAGGCGGCUGACAUCAAGGCGGUCCACUGGAACUCCCCGAAGAAGCUGCGAGUGAAGAACAAGCACGUGGAGUUCUUCCGCAACCUCUACCUGACCUUCCUGGAGCACGACGGGAACCUGCUGCGGAGGGAGCUCUUUGGGUGCCCCAGCCCGCGCCCCCCGGAGGCCGAGCGGCUGCAGCAGGCCCUGGCCCAGCUCGACGAGGAAGACGCCUGCUUCGAGUUCCGGCAGCAGCAGCUCACAGUGCACCGCGUGCACAUCACCUUCCUGCCCCACCAGCCGCCGCCUCCCCGGCCCCACGACGUCACCCUGGUGGCGCAGCUCUCCAUGGACCGGCUGCAGAUGCUGGAGGCCCUGUGCAGGCACUGGCCGGGCCCCAUGAGCCUGGCCUUGUAUCUGACAGACGCAGAAGCCCAGCAGUUCCUGCGUUUCGUCGAGGCCUCGGAGGUGCUCUCUGCCCGGCAGGAUGUGGCCUACCACGUGGUGUACCGGGAGGGUCCCCUCUACCCCAUCAACCAGAUUCGCAACGUGGCCCUGGCCCAGGCCCUCACGCCUUACGUAUUCCUCACCGACAUUGACUUCCUGCCCGCCUACUCCCUCUACGACUACCUCAGGGCCUCCAUUGAGCAGCUGGAGCUGGGCAGCGGGCGGAAGGCAGCCCUGGUGGUGCCAGCAUUCGAGACCCUGCACUACCAGUUCAGCUUCCCCUCUUCCAAGGCUGACCUGCUGGCCUUGCUAGACGCCGGCUCUGUCCACGCCUUCAGCCUAGCUCCUCGCCCUGUCCGGCUCCGCAGGCACCACGAGUGGCCCCGGGGUCACACGCCCACAGACUAUGCCCGCUGGCGGGAGGCUCAGGCCCCGUACCGUGUGCAGUGGGCCGUGGACUACGAGCCCUACGUGGUGGUACCCCGUGACUGUCCCCGCUAUGACCCCCGCUUCGUGGGCUUCGGUUGGAACAAGGUGGCCCACGUCAUGGAGCUGGAUGCACAGGAAUACGAGUUCCUGGUGCUGCCAGAGGCCUUCACCAUCCACCUGCCACACACCCCGAGUCUGGACAUCUCCCGCUUCCGCUCCAGCACCACCUAUCGAGGCUGUUUGCAGGCCCUUAAGGACGAGUUCCUCCAGGACCUGUCCCGCCACUAUGGGGCUGCCGCCCUCAAAUACCUCACUGCCCUGCAGCAGCCCUGACCUCCCAAGGCUGGGCCUGCGUGGCUCUCCGCUGCCCUUGGCCUUGGCUCUCACUCACUCCGUUAUUUAAAUUAUUUAAGGUCUCUGUGGGAAGGGUUGCAGUGGAGCACCUAGGGUGGGGCCUGGGGCCCCCCUGGCUGUUCUGUCACUGGGGUCUGCUCUCCCUCUGCCCCAGCUGGUUUGGGGCUGGUUCCCUCAUCCUCAGCUGUGCACCUCUGUUUCAUAAUGAAUGUUUAAAAGCUCUGUGUUACUAUGUUCUUCUUGGUUUGGGGCAUGAGGCAUCCAUGGGCCCAGGGAGUGACUCAGUCUCGCUGGGCCCGGCCUCCACCAGAGGCUGUGACUGGCGUGUGUCUUGCCCUCCCUCCCUGGCCCCAAACCCAACACCAUGAGGCUGAGAGACUUUAUUUGGCUUUAUUUAGUAAAAUGUUAAAAUAAAUAAAUACAAAUUGAUCAGCUGCUCUGUAUCCCCCUCCCACCCCCUCAAAACAAAACAAAAAAAUCAAACAAACAAAAACUUUGAAGCACAAAACUCCAAAUACAAGUUCUACCAAGACUGAGAUCACAAAGGGCGUGGACAAAGACAGGUGGGGGCUGGCUGGCUCUUCUGCUCAGUGUGCUGACCCCUGGCUGCCUGUCCUGUCCUGCCUGGCUGCAGCUUACCCUGGGCCGAGGCCCAAUGACACUGGGAGGGCAGGGGCCAAAGGCUGCGGUGCAGGACAGGGUGUCCCCGGGGUUCAAGAGAGCCUUCUGGACGGGGGAAGCAGGUGCGAUUGGUGAGCCCCGCUCUCCCUUGGAAAGAGCUGCUUUGAAGAGUUCCACCCCAGUUCUAGGCAGGGUGUGACUCCCAGCUUCCUCCCCCUCAUAUUUGUGGGAGGGUCAGUUGUCUCCCGCCACCCCCUCCCUGCUUGGCCAGGCGCUGACACUGAGGAUGGCAGAGUCUCAGGGUGAGAAUGGGCCUCCUGUUUCCUGCCAACGGUGCCCAGCUGAGGGGUGGGGAGAGGCCCAGUCAUGUCCACAGAGCACAGCUGCCUCCGUCUAACGGAGGCCAUGGAAUCGAGAACCCAGGGCCUGGAAAACGUUCCUGGGCCACCAUCCAUCUCACCACCCCAAAAGCCUUUGGACCCUGGAGCGAGUCUCCUGUGAAGCCCUUGGAAAAAGAAGAAGACCACACCCUAAGAGGCAGUGAAGGGAGGAACCACGUGGGGCGUGCUGGGUGUGAGAGCCCAAGGAGGUGCCGCUGGCCCCAGAGAAAGUACAGGGAGGAGGUGGCAGAGGCAGGUACACUCAGACGGGUGAGCAGAAACGGCCCUCCUCGUGGGAGAGGCGUGGGGGAAGCAAAUGCACCCGUUCAUGCCGCCUGCUGAGCCAAGCAGCAGCAGGGACACGGAGAGGCAGUUCCUGGAGGGACACCGGGCACUCAGGUGCUGCCAGCUGGAGGCUGCCAUGGCCGUCUGCAGGCCCCACGAGGGCCUCCCUGCCAGGCACAACCAGCAGGUUUGCCCCCACGGGCCUGAUAAGGAAGGAAGAAAGCAGAACUCCGGAUGAGCUCAGAGGAGGGGAGACAAGACCGGGCAGGCUCCUUGAAAGAAAAAGGACCUGCAGGCCACAUUGGCAAGAAAGUGAGCUGAGCGGGAAGAUGACAGCAACAUGACCUCACUGCCUCCGGGACACAGGCCUGAUAAUGGGCCCCAUGACCAAGCGCCAGGUGGGCAGCUACCUGGUCCCAGGCCAGCGGGUGCUGGGCCUCUGAAGUGACUACAAAGCCAGCUGGUCUCAGAUGUACCUGGCAGCGGCUAACCUCGGGUGUGGGGAACGAAGGAAAGGAGGGAGAAGGGUGUCUCAGGUGGUCACAGGCACCCACAGACCUGUGGGACAGAGAGGAAGAAGAGACUGGGUGACAAGGGCAUUUUCUUUGUGGCAAGGGGUGUCUUAGAAUUUGAGUCCAGAAUGUGGGCUUGGGCAGGGUUGCAUUUUUGUAUCCUAUACUGGCUGACGCCCCAACUGGCUCACAGCUGAACUUCAGGAAGAAUCGACAUUCCGACCUCCCACCCGAGGCACAGUCAGAGCGGGACUGCUCACAGGCAAAGCACCCGCCAAUUCCAGUCCUGCCCCCACCCAAUCCUCCGGCAGCUCCUUCCUGAGCGAGGCCCCCGUGAUGAUGGUUUCCCAGCUUCUGGGUCCAGACAAGUCGAACGGGAGGGCCCCGAGACAGGGCUGAGCCUGGCGCUGAGCUCUGAACCUCCGCCAGCUACUCCUCCGACUAGCCCAGGCACUUCCUCCGCUCCCUGACGAGACAUAGCACCUUGGUUUCUGCGUGAGGAACGGGAGCUCCUCUCUGCCCCCUCAGGCAACCUCUCAGUCCUGCCUCUGAGGCCUGCACAGCCCAGAGUCCCCUCCUGGGGCUCCCUGGGAAGAUGGAUGAAAACCGCUGGUGGAGGUGAGACGUUUCACCCAAGAAGUGUCUCUCGGGGUCUAACUGGAUGAGGGAGAAGUUAAUGGAACCUGUCCUUUCCCUCCUAGACUCUGGCCAGUAGGAGGCACAGGGUGGGCUUGGGGGAGGGGGCCCUGGGAGGGCUUGGGGUGCACGGCCUCUACCUCCCUCCUGCUGGGCCAAGAACUCCGGCCAGAGCACACACCUAACAAAAUUUAUCUUCCGCAGGCAAGAUGACAGAGAUGGUCCGAGCCUUUCCGAACCCUUAAGGAGGUUUUUAAGGAGACGAGCCAGCCAAGGCAAGCACAGAGAUCUUGGCCGAAGGUUACCCAGGAAGCUUGUGGGUGGGCAGAGUGGAGUGAAGUCCAUCUCUGGUGCCUGGAGCCAGCAGGCAGAGAAAGGGGCUGGAAAUUUAGACCUCUCUUCAGAGGCAAGACAGAUACAAAGGCCACCCUGGGGCUGUCUGUCUCGGACACACCAUGUAACCUUGAGAAACCGCAUUCCUUUGUUCUUUCUGAGCACCAAGGGCUGAUGCAGCCAGCCUGUCCCCGCCCCCCGCCCCCUCCCUGAGGCUGGGGUGCACAGGCACCAAUGAGCUUCCCUGGCCAUUUCCUUCCAAGCUGUCCCCCAGGCACUCGGAAUGCUGGUGGCUGAAAGACCAAGAGCAGCACCAAAGGAAGGGAUCUUAUUUAGGCACCAGCCUUUUGCUCUAGCAAAAUCCGUGGGGAUAGUGGGUAGGCCCUCGAUAACCAUCCACACUCCAUUUGGGCUUCAAAAGCAGGAGCCAGAUCCCUGCACCAAGAAGGGAGGGCAGUCUUCUCUGAGGAGGGGAUGGUGGGAGCGCUCCGUCCCUGCCCGGCAGGCCGCAGCCAUCCCCGGUCAGAAACCAUGGAGACACAAACACAGCAAAAUAGCAUCAUGAUCAGCAGGUUCUGUGCUAAAAAAUUAUAACUACACAGCAUUUUCUCCAGUUCUGACACCUUUUUUAAUAGAAAUCACUGUUUUUAGGAAACAAAUAGCACUUUUGUAAUUUUUUUUUUACAAUGUUUCUUACCUUGAUCUUAAUUUAAGUAACACUAGGAAGACCUCAAUAUCUUUUAUUUUUCUUUUUUUUUUUAAUUUAAAAAAAAGUUGUUUUCCCCAGAUACAAAGAUUUUGCCCUUGCAUAAAAAAAACAGUGCCCGACGAUGACACAAGGACUCACACAGACUCACUGGACCUCACUGACACUAUGGCUCCUAUUCUACCAUGCAAGGUCUCGACUACCCUUAGCUGACUGUCAGCCUGAAAAACAGCUUUUCUAUUCCUUAGUUUAGUCUUUGUUACCAAAAAAAGUAAAAUAAACAAUAAAAUAAAACUUUUUUUU